AUGAAGUUGGCAAAUGCAUUAAAAUUGAGAUCAGAAUUGAAUACUGAAAAAAAUGAGAUAAUAAAUGAUUUGAAAAGAAAUUUAAUUAUCCAAGAAGGUUUAGAACAACAAAAAGAUCCAAAAAAAUUAUAUGAACGAGCAUUAGAGAAAUUUGAUUUAUUACAAAAAUUAAUAAUUUCAAUAAAUAAAACCAAUAUUCAUUCCAAAUUCGAAUUUGAAAAUCAAAUAUAUACCAUUGCUGAAUUUAUAAUUUUAAAAUCAGAAAUUACAGAUCUAAUAAAUUUAACAAACAACAUUAUAAGAGAUGGCGAAGAGAAAAAACUAAAUUCAAAUUUAGAAAUAAGAUUUAAAUCAUGGGUUGAUAUAAAAAAAUAUGAAUUAAAAUUGCAAAAAUUAAAAGAGAGAAAAUUAGCAGUGGAGAUGAAACUUGAAGAAAUAAAUUGGCAAGUUGAUUUAAUAGAAUAA